CAUUUAUUGGUCACCAAUUGGAUCCGCCGUCGACCACCCGAUUAUGGACAACAACAACAUAAGCGCAACCGCCAACACUUCGGCAACUCGACCGCCUCGGCCGCCGCCGCCGAUGUUUGUCUUCGAGGACAUACACCACAAAGCGUUGCUAAAGUUAUUGAAUUUUGUCAAUCAGGACCUAAUCGGUAGCUCCGCCGCCGCCGCCCGGUCGGCGGCCUCGCGAGCUAUGCCACCACCGUCAGCGACGCCGCCGCCGCCGCCGCCGCCGCCGCCGAUCAGAACCGGACAAAAAGGACGACCGCCAACCAGAAACCUGACAAAGACAAAGCCACCGCCGCUGCAGACACCGGCGGCCCCGCCUAUCGAACCGAUUGAGGCCAUCGAUGCCCGAAAUCGACAGCCGAUUAUCGACAUUGUUGUCGAUCUGAUCCAUCAUUUUGAUCAGUGUUUCAAAUAUAAUCUCAAGUUUGCUAUAAACAAAACCGACGACAAGUUACUGAAAGUACAAAAAUGGCUACAAAACUAUUAUCAUAGAAACUUCUUAGACAAUUGCGUGGACUUUACGAUUUUGGCCGGUGAUGGUGAUGAUGGAUCAGUAGGUGAUGUAAACAACACCAAUCGACAACUGACACAACAACAACAACAGCAGCAAAUUGGUGUCCCAACACCAACAACACCGACAACAACAACAAACAUCAGAUCCUAUCGUAUUAGUUAUAGUAAAGUCAAGAGAGAACCACAGAUGAUGUUACCCACAGAUAAUGGUAACGAUGGUAUCGAUAACGGCGGCGGUGGCGGUAAUACUGUUACCGAUAGUAUGGAUACCCAAGACAUUACCACUACAACCGGUGAUAGUAGUACUAACAAUCUUCAUUGUCAUCAUUAUAAUAGACUACAACAAUUGCCAUCAUCGACAUCAUCAUCAUCACCAACAGCUACCACCACCACCACCACAACAACAGCACAAGAUAUUAUAUCACAAAUGUUUUCCACUUGCAGUGAACCUACUAUAACACAGACUACUAGUGCCAUAACCAGUAAUACCGAUGAUGAUGAUGAUAAUGAUAGCUUUCAAUCCAUGGAUACAACAAGUGAUAAUCACAACAACAAUACCAACAACAGUACCUGUAGUAGUGAUCGACAACAACAACAAAUCAUAGAUGAUUUGACACAUAAUAAUUUAAUUAUAGAUACUGGUAGUACUACUAUUACUACCCAUAAUAGGACUAACAAUGGUAUUAGUAGUGUAGGAGGAGGACAACCAUCAUCAUCAUCAUCACCAUCAUUGCACAGUGAUCUACCAUUAAAUUUAAAUAAUAAUAGUAAUACUGAUGAGCUUAAUGACACCACCACCACCACCAACAACAACAACAACAAUGAUAGAUUGGUGGCAGUGGCCUACAAUCUCAAGUUAAUAGUAUUGCUAAUGAUGGUCAUCAUGUAUAAAGUACGGCAUAUAUUUUCCAGCAAACUAAUCGAUUAUUUUGAUUUUGCUUGGAUCUAUUUGUCGGAUUUUGAAAAACAUUUGGACAAUGAUGAUGAUGACAAUGCUGAUGAUGAAGACAACCAAUACGCUGGCGGAGGCGGCGGCGGGUGUCUACUAGUGGACAAUCUGAUGGAACUAUUGCAGACAGAGUUUGUUGGCCAAAGAAAUUCUAAUCGAUUACGCGGCGAACUGUUACGAUCGGAGAUCGACCAAUUGAACGCCAUGUGCGACAGUUUGGACAGACAAUCGGCCGAUGAAACAAAAGAGUUGAUCUAUUUGCAGACGGCAACGAUUAUCGGUAACCAUAAUCAUCAUCAUCAUCAACAACAAAACACUAGUAAAACGGGUAUCGGCGGUGGCGGCGCGGGUAGUGGCCAACUAACUGCCAGACAAUUGUCCAGAAUGUUGAUGAAUGUCAAAUCGGAACAACAGUUGUCGUCGGCGACUCAAUCUUUGGCAGCAGCGGCGACGGCUUCGUCGACGACCAUAACGGCGGCGGCGACCGGACGCGAGACUAAGAUCUAUACGUGUCCUGAAUGCGGAAAAAGUUUCAAAAACGGCUAUAAACUCAAUCGACACCGUUAUGUACAUAAGGAUCCAUCGGAGAAGCCAUAUAUGUGCGACUGGCCCGGCUGUGGCUACCGUUCCAUAGCUAACAAUGACCUGAACCGUCAUCGUAUGAUACACACUGGAGAAAAGCCCUACCAAUGCGAUGUCGACGGCUGCGACCGUAAGUACUCGCGACCGGACAAACUAAGCCAUCACAAGAAAGUCGCCCACAAUAAGGAUCCGAUUGUCAAACCGUUUGCCUGCGACUGGCCCGGUUGCGGCUACCGUAGUCUGGCCAAUGCCGAUCUACUACGUCAUCAGUACAUACAUACUGGUGAACGGCCGUACAAAUGCGAUUACAUUGGUUGCGACAAAUCGUUUGCCCGGCCCGAUAAGUUGCGCAAUCAUAAGGAAAAGUCUAGACAUAAUCUGGAUGACCAACAACACCAACAACAACAUCAGCUAAUGAUAGCAUCUAUGAGUACAACUCCCGAUAUGGUCGGUGCCAUUGGUCGGUCACAGUCUACUACUACUACUAGUAUACCACAACCAUUACCUACACUACUAACCUCCUCCUCCUCCUCAUCAUCUAUUGCUACCACCGAUUGUCUACCAUUAUCAUCGCCACCACAACAACAACAACAACAACAAGCCAUGCAAUGGACUUAAAAAAAUAAUAAUAAUAUUAUUAUUAUUAUUACCACUAA